AAUUACCCCCUGUACAUCCGGAGUGUCCCCACGGAGAACGAGCUCAAGUUCCACUACACCGUGCACACCUCCCUGGACGUGGUGGAUGAGAAGAUCUCAGCCAUGGGCAAAGCCCUGGUGGACCAGAGGGAGCUCUACCUGGGGCUCCUCUACCCCACUGAAGACUACAAGGUCUAUGGCUACGUGACCAACUCCAAGGUGAAGUUUGUCAUGGUGGUGGAUUCCUCCAACACAGCCCUGAGGGACAACGAGAUCCGCAGUAUGUUCCGCAAGCUGCACAAUUCCUACACAGACAUCAUGUGUAACCCCUUCUACAACCCUGGGGACAGGAUCCAUUCCAGGGCUUUUGAUACCAUGGUGAACUCCAUGAUGAUGCAGGUGUGCUGAGCCCCUUCCCACCCCCCUGGGAAACAUUCCCUGUGUGCAGGAGCAUGCCUGCAGUGCUGUAAAUAUUCCAUUCUGUGUCAUAAUUUAAAUUUCUUCUGUGUAAAAUAAACCUGACACCUGCAAG